UAUACAGCCUUGACGUACUCCUUUUCCUAUUUGAACCAGUCUGUUGUUCCAUGUCCAGUUCUAAGUUGCUUCCUGACCUGCAUACAAAUUUCUCAAGAGGUAAUCCUUCAAGACCCAGCUAAAUGAAACUUCUUCUCUGAAGUAGUCUCUAAAUUGUCUCAGUCAGAAUGAGUUCCCUCCUCAUUGGGUUCCCAUAGUAUCUGUAAUGUUAAACACAACAUGAGAGCUGUGAGUUUCAAUUUUAUUUAGGGACUUACUGAAGAGUAUAAUCCAAGAGACUGCCUCUUAGCUCUAAGGAACCAAAGAGGUAAGGGGACAGGUCAGUAUACAUGUGAUAUUCUGGAAGGGAGAUGUAACCAAGCAAACCUUCUUGGUAAAAAGUUGCUGCUAGUCAAGAGAAACAGGCAGCUUAAUGGUUGUAAUGCUUUUCUAAGUAUAGGAAAAUGCAUUUAAUCCUCUCAAAAAACUACUGAAUAGGUGCUCCACGCUCACACACACGUGCUCACAAUAUCUCUAUUUUAUUGAUGAGUCAGUUAAGACACUUGAGUAAAGUCACAAUAAAGUAUGGGUAUUUCCAGUACUGUACUUGUCACCUGUCCUCCUUCCAAUUUACCAUACCCUCAAGGUGGAGGACUUUCUAGGACAAUAUGCAGCCUGGAGAAGGAAAUGGCAACCCACUCCAGUAUUCUUGCCUGGAGAAUCCCAAGGACAGAGGAGCCUGGUGGGCUGCCGUCUAUGGGGUCGCACAGAGUUGAACAGGACUGAAGCGACUUAGCAGCAGCAGCCCCUCAAGCGAGUGUCCAGCAAAUCCUAUCUCAGCUUCCAGGGCAGACUACCAGGAGUCUGGAGACGCGGAGAGGGUCCCGCCCACUGCGUCACUGCUGACGCCAUCACGCAGGGUUGAGGCGGCGCCGCCGCCUCCUUUAAAUAAGGCCUUCCUAGGUCGCGCGUGCGCGCGAGAGAAAGGAAAGGGUUGGCGAGUGUGUUUUUGUUCCGUGGGGGUCGCGGUCUGGGCCAGAGUCGCCGCGGACCACGAGUUGAGCGCAAAUUCUGGAGAAAUCCUCUUCCUUUAAGAGCCUGCACUGCCAGGCAGCAGAAUUGUGAACUAGAGUGAAGGAGAAAUCUAGGAAUAUGACUUCCAUGAUGGCCAUGGGUGAACCAAGGUUGAACUGGGAUGUUUCACCAAAAAAUGGUCUUAAGAUGUUUUUUUCUCGAGAAAAUUAUAAAGAUCAGUCCAUGGCUCCAAGUUUAAAAGAACUAUGUAUUUUAUCUAGCAGACGUAUAGGAGAAAAUGUGAAUGCCUCAGCAGGUUCUGUAGAAAAUGAGCCGACAGUUAAUUCAGCAGCUCAAGCAAAGGAAAAAGUUAAAACCACAGUUGGAAUGGUUCUUCUUCCAAAACCAAGAGUUCCUUAUCCUCGUUUCUCUCGUUUCUCACAGAGAGAACAGAGAAAUUAUGUGGAUUUAUUGGUUAAAUAUGCAAAAGUCCCUCCAAAUUCCAAAACUGUUGGAAUAAAUAAAAAUGACUACUUGCAGUACUUGGAAAUGAAAAAACAUGUGAAUGAAGAAGUUACAGAAUUCCUAAAAUUUUUGCAGAAUUCUGCAAAGAAAUGUGCCCAGGAUUAUAAUAUGCUUUCUGACGAUGCUUGUCUUGUCACAGAGCAAAUUUUAAAAGCUUGUAUUGAACAAGUGAAAAAGUAUCCAGAAUUCUAUACUCUCCAUGAGGUCACCAGCUUAAUGGGAUUCUUCCCAUUCAGAAUAGAGAUGGGAUUCAAGUUAGAAAAAACUCUUCUCGCAUUGGGAAGUGUAAAAUAUGUGAAAACAGUAUUUCCUUCAAUGCCUGCAAAAGUGCAGCUGUCAAAAGAUACCAUACCAGCCAUUGAAACACCAGAACAAAUAGCUGCAGCUAUGCAUUAUGACAUUAGUGAAGACCCAAAUGCAGAGAAGCUUGUUGCAAGAUACCACCCUCAGAUAGCUUUAACUAGUCAGUCAUUAUUUACCUUAUUAAAUAAUCAUGGACCAAGCUACAAGGAACAGUGGGAAAUUCCAGUGUGUGUUCAAGUAAUACCUGUUGCAGGUUCAAAACCAGUUAAAGUAAUUUAUAUUAAUUCACCACUUCCCCAAAAGAAAAUGACAAUGAGAGAGAGAAAUCAAAUCUUCCAUGAAGUUCCUUUAAAAUUCAUGAUGUCCAAAAAUACAUCUGUUCCAGUGUCUGCGGUAUUCAUGGACAAACCAGAAGAAUAUAUAUCUGAAAUGGAUUCCGUCUUUGGAAAUACCCCUUCGAUCCUUGGGCGGGAAAAGAUAUCUUAUGAAGUUAACGAGUGCCGAAAAAUUGAGACCCUAGAAAAUUUGGAUCUGGAGUUUGAUGAUGAUGUCACAGAACUUGAAACUUUUGGAGCAACCACCACCAAACCAUCAAAGUCACCAAGUCCAGCAAGUACCUCCACAGUAGCCCCCAAGACAGAUACACUCACAGCCCCCAGCAUAGCAGACACAUCUGAGGCACCAACUUCACCAGACAUUUCUGCUCAUUCUAGAAGCUUAUCUCGGAUUCUGAUGGAACAGUUGCAGAAGGAGAAACAGCUGGUGACUGGUAUGAUAGACAGUGGCCCUGAAGAGUCCAAAAAUAAAGAUGAUCAGAGAUUUAUACCAUGUGGUGAAAAGGUAUCAAAUUCUGACAAGCCUUUGAUGCAAGAUAGUGACUUGAAAACAUCUGAUCCCUUACCAUUAGAAAGUUCUAUGGAAAUUGAAACCUCUAGUAAAAAUAAUAUGGCCAAUGAAAUGGAGAGUGCUGAUGAAAGAGAAAAUGUUCUAGAGAACACAGACACUAAUUCAAACGAAAAGACUGUUACAUCAGAAGCAGCUAACAUUGAAGAUGUAGUUCUUGACAGUAGUGAUACAGAUGAAGACUGUUUAAUCAUUGAUAUGGAGUGUCAAAAUAAUAGUAAUGGAAAGACAGCUGAAGUGGGUUCUAAUUUAAGUUCUAAACCAGCUAGCCUAAAUUCUUCCUCAGGACAGACUUCUACAGGAGACCAGACCAAUAGUACUUGUAGUCCUGAAGAGUCAUGUGUUUUAAAAAAACCUAUCAAACGAGUAUAUAAAAAGUUUGAUCCAGUUGGAGAAAUUUUAAAAAUGCAGGAUGAACUCUUAAAGCCAAUUUCCAGAAAAAUACCUGAAUUGCCCUUAAUGAAUUCGGAGAACUCUAAACAGCCUCCUAUUUCUGAGCAGCCCUCUGCUCCGUCAGAUGCCUGUAGCUGGCCAAAGUCUAUCUGGCCUUCUGCCUUUCAGAAGCCAAAAGGACGAUUGCCAUAUGAACUUCAGGACUAUGUUGAAGAUACAUCAGAAUAUGUAGCUCCUCAGGAAGGAAAUUUUGUUUAUAAGCUGUUUAGCCUGCAAGACCUGUUGUUACUUGUGCGAUGCAGCGUCCAGAGGAUAGAGACCAGACCACGUUCUAAAAAACGGAAGAAAAUCAGAAGACAAUUUCCAGUUUACGUACUACCAAAAGUGGAGUAUCAAGCUUGUUAUGGAGUUGAAGCUCUGACUGAAAGUGAACUCUGUCGCUUAUGGACUGAAAGUUUAUUGCAUUCCAACUCCUCAUUUUAUGUUGAGCUUUUUUAUCAUCCCGAAGAAAGCCAACAAAGGACUUUUGAAGAUAGCAUCUCAUUUUCUCUGAACUUGAUCCCACACUUCUUUUCCUUUUUUGGAUUGUCCUUUUAUUUGUAUCCUUUUGCUAUAAUAAAUAUUAUCCAUGUGUGCCACUGUAUGUUGAAGCUAUAAGUCCUUGUAGAGAAGCACUGAGCCUGUGUCCCAACUCGGAACAUUUGUUCAUCUAAUUCAUAGACCAGUUUUUGUUCUUCUAAUCCUGAGAGACUAUUGAAAACUCUGGUUCAUCUCUUAGGUCUCAAUUGCUUUCUCCAGAUUAACAGGUGCUCCUAAGAGAGAAGCAGCCCUCAGUGCCAGACUCACAUCUCCAGGUGUCUUGCUUCUUCUGGUUUUUGGCUCUGAAUAUAGUCCCAUUCCCUUUUUCUGGUAACCACUAACAAAUUAUGUAAUUUAAUCACUCAUAGUAUUUAUGGCCUGUCUCUGUCUGUUUUGUUUAUUGAUAUAUCAUAAGCACCUGGAACAGUAUCUGACACACAGAGGUGCCCAAUAAGUAUUUUUUAGAGAGUGACGUUGGCUUGCAUAAUUGGUUGAAGGAACAGUAAAAGUCAAGGAGAAGGGAAAUGGUAGAUAACAAACCACAGAAUUUAUAUACUGUAUUCAUUUUACUCUUCCUAGAUGUGUGUAAGAUAAGCCGUUAGAAUACAAGAAGAAAAUAUUACAGCUUUUAUUUUUUCUCUAAAGAAAUUAAAAACUGAACAUUAUUCAUGUGAAGUAAGUGGACUGACAGGUGGUCCUCUCCUUUGAAUGUUGUUGUAGAGUUCUGUUACAUAUAAAAUAGAAAAUAUUUUUAUUAUCUCCACAUUGUACACCGUCCAAGAAACAGUGUGCCCGGUCCAUUCCAUAUGAAUGGUCAUCCUGAGUUGUGCAGUAUAGCAUCCUCGGGUUUAUUAAGGAUGACUUUGUUGUUGAAAAUGAAAGAUGCUGCUUAUUUAAAACAGCAACAACAAGAACAAAAAGAAACCCUCAUAUAUGCCACAGAGUCCAUCAGUGGCAGGAUCAGAAUUUAGUCCGUUUUUUUCAAGUAUUUAUUUAUUUAUUUUUGGUUUUGCUGGGUCUUGGUUGCUGCACAUGGACUUUUCUGGUUGCAGUGAGCAGGGGCAUCUCUUCAUUGCAGUGCCCGGGCUUCUGAUUAAGCACAGCCUCUAAGCACAUGGGCUCCAGUAGUUGCAGCAUGCAGGCGCAGUCGUUGUGGUGCAGGGGGCUUUGGCUACUUUGCAGUAUUUUGAAUCCUCCCUGACCGGGUAUCAAACCUGUGUCCCCUGUAUUGGCAGGCAGAUCCUCAUUCACUGUGCCACCAGGGAAGUCCUGGUCACAAUUUUUAAGUGUUCAUAACUUUGCUGUAAACCUUAAACAGGGCUAGGAAAAAACGGGGAGGGGGGAGGUCACAGGUAACAAAAAUGAAGCACUGUGUGUAUAACAAUGUUAAUCAGUGUGACUGAAUACAAAUAAUUCAUUGUGUCUUAGAAACUGGGAUAAAAUCUUAACCAGAAGAUUUCCACGUGCUCGUAUUUCUUUCCCAUGCAAUCAUGCACCCUCGUCCUUUCUAAGUUGUGACCUGUGUUUUCCUCACUCAACCUUUGCUAGCCACUCCUCCAUUUAACUGUGGCAUUUCAUUGUCAGUUUUCCCUGCCCAGCUCUAUGAUCUCAAAAUUUCAAAGAAAUUUAAGACAGUUUCUUCUCAGAAAUCAAAGCCGGGGACCAGUGCGUUAGAGCUUGCUUUUUUUUUUUUUUUUUUUUUGGCAUUAGAUGGAGAGAAAAGUGAGGGUAGAGUUUACAUGUGUGAUUGAGAGAUUCAGAUACAGCGUAUCAUACAAAACACAAGAGAUACAAAAUGUCACUUAAACUGAAGAGCAUAUUGAUUAUAGGACUCCAGUUCAGCAAUUAUCUAAACUGACUGUGUGUCGCAGUCGUUUGUAGAGCUUGUUAGAUUGAAGAUUAUUGGCCCUGACCCUAGGAGUGUCUGAUUCGAUAGGUCUGGAUUGGAACCUAAGACUUCAGCGUUUGUAGCAUGUUCUCAGGUGGUGCUAAUGCUGGUAGUCCAGGGACCAUACCUUGAAUACCUUUCCUGUAGCUCCUAGUCUCCUUUUUAGGUAGAAUAAAAAUACUUGUUUUUUGUUUCCCUGCUUUGCUAUGAACAUGUUCUUCUCUUCCUUUAGAUUGCUGUGUUAUUUUUUUCCUCUUGCCCCAAACACUAAUAUGUACUCCCUAAAGAAAAUUCCAAAAGUCAUCUUACCACAACUUCUGUAUCUACUUUUCAGUUAUCUAAUGUAUAUCAAUUCUGCAUAGUCGACAUACAAGCAGUCCUUCCUUUGUGCUAUUCUGAUAUCCACAAAUGUCAGUUACAAAGGUAUAUUAACUGUAAUUGUGUAAACUACCAACUUUACUGCUGACUCUUCAGUCCACAGAUCACUACAUAAAUAACAGACGUGCAUCAUGACCAGUCACCAAUCAUAUCACUCCUUUAAGAGUCUGUCAGUGUUUUUGGUCGCUGUGUACCUGUCACUGAGAUCAUGCAUAGAAAGCAAAAUGUCUAGUUGUGUUCCCUCCUUGUCUCCCAGUGAUAAACUCACAUGAUAUUUUGUAAAAGUGGAUAAUCAGAAGAGGGAAUUGGCCAACAAAAGUUAAAGCACAGCAAAGAAACAAAAGACCAUACUGCUGCAAAUGGAAUUUGAAUUGAAUAUAAAUGAAAUUAUAGAAGAAAUAACUGACAGUAGAAAUGUUGACACUGCUGAGGUUCAAGAGACAAGAUAAGCCACCAGAGGAACUUAGUGAAAGUGAACUGACUCACAUAAAUAAGGAAAGUGCUUGUGGCAUAAAGGAUGAAGAAAUGACCCUGGCACAGUAUUUUACAUUGAAGAAACUCUUUGAGAUAUUUCAUGACCUUAAAAGUGCAAAGGGUAUAACGUUGGGAGCUGAUCCAACAAUGAUCAGCAAGUGUGACCCUCCUCCACAGCAUAGAAAAGGUGCUUGCUCCCUAUCAUAAGUUGUAACAGGAGAAAGUGACAAGCACUAUUCAGACUACUAUUAAUGAGUUUUAUAAUGAAAUAAUACUUUAAAUCUUAGUGUUUGCUAUUUAUAGUCUACUAAAUAAAGAUUAGUUUUUACUGUCUUCAUUUCUCCAUGCAUUUAUUACUGAUGGGGAAUUUAUAAUGUUUUGAUCAAAAAAUCUUAAAGGUAAUGGAACAAUUGUAAUUUUUCCCAUUGAUUAUUAAAAUCGCUUGCAUAAUUUUGACUUAUGCAUGAUUAUUUUUAUCAUCCCCUACUACAUGUAGAGUAGGGACUGCCUAUAUAUAUAUAUAUAUAUGUAUGUGUGUGUACGUGUGUGUGAGUAUAUAUAUAUGUGUGUGUGUGUAUAUAUAUAUGUAUGAAUUCAUGCAUGUAUGUAAAGCCCUGAUUUGUAUUAACUAACCUUUCCAACGUUGACACACUUAAAAAAAUAUUUGGAUAGCAUACUGUGAUAUGCAAGAGUCUACGAGGGUUAAUGGCUAGGAAGCUGUUGCCAUCCCAAGUCUUGUGCAGUUGCCCCAAGGACUGAGGAGAUAAACAUCUGAACUCAUUUGAGGCCCACUGGUUAAAAUGUUCCAAUGUUGAGAGAAUUGAAGCCCUCAUAGAACUUAGUGCAGUAUUCUCUGUAUAUUUUUUACUAACUGUAUUUGACAUAUACUAUAAUACAACUUUUCAUUGAGAUUGCUUUAAAAAGGUAAGAACUGUGAGUUUCCUCAAAGACACAUUUAGUAAAUGUCUAAACUGUUUUAUUGUACUUAAUAUUUAUUGCCUUUUGACAGUCUUUAAACCAUUAAACUGUGUCCUUUUUAUUAGAAACGUCACUGUGUAAUGAGUGUUAGAAAUGCAGAGGUGAAACCGAAACUUGGCACAGGAAAGAAUAAGUAGGCAUGGGAAAAGAUUUGUUGUCUUAGAAGAAAAGUAUCUGGUAAAAAUGUUUCUGACUCUUUUUUAUGAGCACAAAGCAGAUGAAAUGAAAGGGGGCAAGAUAAGAAAUGAGAUACUAAAUUAUUUGCAGGUUUUUUGUAUUAUGAUUGAUGUCAACUAUCCAAGUCAUGUGUUUUGAUAACCAAAUUUUGGAAGCUAAAAAAAUUAAAGUGAUAUUAUUUUCAGCAUUAGUGAAUAUUAUACUCUUAGCGAUUGAUGUUUUUGACUGGUGUAAUAACAUGGGUUUUGUAUUAAUGUGAUUAUAUAACACUUAACUAAACGCCAUUUUUUCUAUCACUUCCCUGGCACAUUCCAAGGCCUCAGUGUUGUGUCUCAACCUGUUUUGUGGGAGAACAUGUGCAAGUGUAAUCAUGAGAGUUUGCUCUUUUGUUUCUUUGAAUUCUAGAAUUAGGUCAUGUUUAUAAGAAAGUAAGACUUGGUGCAGACUAUUUUGAUUUUUUUUUUUUAAACCGUAGGAAAUCUUAUCAUGUGCUUUAAUUAAAAAAUAAGCUAGAUUUUUUUAAGGCUUAUUGAGGUAUAGCUAAUAACAUUUUAAGAUAUUUAAAUCAUACAUCAUAAUGAUUUGAUAUAUGUAUACAUUGUAAAAGAAUUCCUCUCAUCUAGUUGAAUUAACAAAUUCAUCACCUCCAGGUAUUUUUUUUUUUUUUUGAUUAGAACAUUUGAGUUCUACUCUCUUACCAAAUAUCAGUUAUAUAAUCUACUAUUAUCAGCUAGAGUCACUGUGUUAUACAUUAGAUCCUCAGACCUUAUUCAUCUUGUAGCUGAAGGUUUGUACCCUUUUAGCCCCCAACCCCUGAGAACCACUUUUCUACUUCUUUCUAUGAGUUUGACUUUUAUUCCCCCAGAUUCCUCAUACAAGUUGUUAUGCAGUACUUAUCUUUCUCUUUCUGACUUAUUUCACUUAACAUAGUGUCCUCAAUGUCCUUUAUGUUGUUGCAAAUAGCAGUAUUUCCUUUUUUCUCAUGGAUGAAUAAUAUUCCAUUAUUUGUGUGUGUAUCACGCCUUUAUCCUUUCAUCUGUUGGUGGACACUUAGGUUAUGCACAUCUUGGCUAUUGUGAAUAAUUAAGCCAAGUUUUUACCUUAACCAAGUUUGUCUGAGAAAUGUAUUUAUCAUACCCAAACUAUAUUUUAUCUGCUUGCUUUUAUAAUAUUAUGGUACAUGCAUACAUGAAUGCUAAGUCACUUCAGUCAUGGCUCUUUGCAACCCUGUGGACUGUAGGCCACCAGGUUCUUCUGUCCAUGGGAUUCUCCAGGCAAGAAUACUGAAGUGGGUUGCCAUGCUCUGC